UGAUUUUAAGUUUGUGUCUCUGUGAUGGUCCGCCUCAUAAGUCUCCUGCCUGCAGUGCACUGACCAUGUUGGCUACAAUGGAGCUUAUCAGGAGAGCGCUGGACCAGUGGAUAACUCUGGCUGCUUUUAUGGUUUUAAUCCCAACUGCUCAAUGUGCAAAUGAUAACCCAUUCACACUCACCAACAAAGCCACUGGUUUUUGUCUGGUUAAAAAGUCCACCCGCUGUUCGGAGGUGCGCUGGACAACUGGGAACCGACUUUUUGUGACAACCAGCAAAAAAUGUCUCGGGGCCCAGGGCAACAGUGUGGGCAGCGAAGUCAGUCUUUAUGACUGUGACGAUCGGAGCGAGCUGCAGAAAUGGGAAUGUCGAAAUAAUACACUGCUAGUACUGAAAGGCCAGAAUCUGUUUGUGGAGGUACGAGAGGACGAAAGCAUAGUUCUGUCCCGAACUGUGGGGCCCAACAAUCACCUCACCAUAGUAGGGACCAACAGAGGAGCCUGCACCAGGACUUACAGAGAGCUGUACACCAUUGGGGGGAAUGCGUUUGGGAAGCCUUGCAUGUUCCCCUUCAUGUACAAAGACCGCUGGUACGGAGACUGCACCCUCGCUGAUUCGUCCACCAGGAGGGCAUGGUGCGCCAUUGAAACGAAAUAUGAACAUGAACGCUGGGGCUACUGUCCAACCAUGUCUAAUGAGCACUGGGUCAGGAACGUGGCGACAGGAGCGUAUUACCAGAUCAACUUGGAGGCUGCGUUGACCUGGACCCAAGCUCAAGUCAGCUGCCAACAACAGGGAGGCAAUCUGCUCAGCAUCUCAGAUCCCAACGAACAGGCCUUUGUCUCAGUUCUUCUUGGAUCCAAUAGGUUCAGGGUCUGGAUUGGUCUAGUCUUGGAUCCUGAGCACGGCUGGCAGUGGGCCGAUGGAAAACCCUUCAGAUACGUCCGAUGGACUCCUGGAAAUCCGCAGCCAAACCCUGGACACAACUGUGCGAUUAUUGACACUAUUGGGCAGCAGACCUGGGAGAGCUCAACCUGUGGAAAACAAAUGGGCUACAUAUGCUACAAGAGUGGGGCGCCACCUCCAACAAUUAUAGUUGAGCAGGGGUUUUGUCCUAGUCCCUGGAUUCCCUACAAUGGUCACUGCUUCCACCUUCACCGUGAGGCCAAAACCUGGUCAGAAGCUGUGAAAGAGUGUCGUAAAGAAGCUGGAGAUCUGCUGAGCAUUCGACACGUGGAAGACCAGAGCUUUGUCAUCUCUCAACUUGGAUACGCCGCGUCAGAUCAGCUAUGGAUCGGCCUGAACGACCAGAGGACUGAGGGCCUGUUUGAGUGGAUCGACCAGUCCCCAGUGCUCUUCAGCAGCUGGCUGUAUGGAGAGCCCUCUGUGUCUGGAGAAAUGGAAGACUGUGUCCUCAUGACCGGAGAGAAAGGAAACUGGGCAGAUCGUAGCUGUGAUGAAAAGCACGGUUUUAUUUGUAUGAAGCAGAGCGGCAGUGAACCAACCGGAGACGAAAUCAACUUGGACGUGGGCUGCAAACCUGGCUGGAAGAGGCAUGGCUCAUACUGCUACUUUGUGGGAACAGAGACCAAAACAUUUGAUGAUGCCAAUAAUGACUGCAAGAGGACAAACUCCUACCUGGUUGAUGUUUCAAAUGGAGUGGACAAUGCAUUCCUUGUGAGUUUGGUGGGGAUUCGGCCCGAGAAAUAUUUUUGGAUUGGUCUCUCCAAUACGGGCGACAUUGAUCGUUUUGUUUGGACCAAUACGGACCAAGUUCGAUUCACUCACUGGAACGCCAACAUGCCAGGAUACCAGCAGGGUUGUGUAGCGAUGACCACUGGAGUUAUGGCUGGACUCUGGGACCUGCUGCCCUGCACUAACGCAGAGAAGUAUAUCUGUAAACAUCAGGCAGAGGGCGCUACAGUCACCCAGCCCCCACCCACUGUGUCUCCACCCAAAUGCCCAGAUGGCUGGAACAAGAUCCCAACCAGAAACUACUGUUCUAAGUUUUUCACAGGGCCCAGAGCGAAUGAGAAGACCUGGUUUGAGGCCCGAGAUUACUGCAGAGACAUUGGAGGAGAUCUGCUCAGUAUUCACAGCAGUGACGAGCUACGAGUGGCACGUCAUGGAAAAGCUUGGAUUGGUCUCUACGUCCCGGACUCAAGCACUGGAUAUGCCUGGAGCGACGGGAGCCCGGUGAACUUCCAGCACUGGCAGGAGGGGGAGCCAAAUAACUUCAAUAACGCAGAGGCCUGUGCAGAGUUUACGAUUUACAAUUGGGAUGAGCGAGGUUCCUGGAAUGACGCAAACUGUGAGAGCUACAACGACUGGCUCUGUCAAAUCCGUGCAGGGGUCACUCCAAGACCACCUCGAAAUAAUACUUCAUCAGAGUUCAACACAACAGCGGACGGUUGGCUGGAGUGGAGAGGAAAUCAGUAUUUUAUAAAUAGAAAUUCGCUGUCCAUGGAGGAGGCCCGUAAGUUCUGUCAACAAAACCACGGGGACCUGGUCACAAUCACCAGCCGAGUCGAGAAUACCUUCAUAUGGAAACAGAUUUCCAGAAGCUAUGGACGUUAUUAUAUUGGGCUUUCUGUAGAUCUUGAUGGUUCAUUUUGGUGGAUGAGUAACACUCCAGUGGAGUUUCUAAGUUGGGAUCAAAAUCAGCCUAAAGAAAAUGUUGAUCAAAACUGUGUCUUUAUGACUUAUUAUAUGGGUUUCUGGAGUAACUGUAACUGUGGAGAGGAGGUAAAAUCCAUUUGCAAACGAAGCUCUUCUGCUCCAGUCAACACAACUGUGGCCCCAACAACCCCUCCUACUGGUGGCUGUCCACUCAAAUGGAUGCAGUUCAACUCAAAGUGUUACAGCAUCAUAAACAACAAGAAAUCUACUUGGGAAGAUGCAAGAAAACAGUGUAUUACUAUGGGAGGAAAUCUGGUCUCUAUCCCAUCAAGAUAUGUCCAAGUUUUCCUGACAACCAGAAUGGCUGAAGCCACUUCCACUGACCUUUGGAUUGGUUUGAACAGUAUAAAACAAGAAGAAUAUUUCUGGACUGAUGGAAAGGCAAGGAAAUAUACCAACUGGGGCUAUGCGAAAAGUAAACGCAGACAAGGAAGCUUCUAUCAAAGAUGGUAUGAGGAGGACUGUGUUGUUCUGAGCAGCAAUCCCCUGGGCUUUGGAAAAUGGAUGAUGAGAUCCUGCAAUGACACCAAUGGAUUUGUUUGUGUUAGAGAGCUUGAUAAAAAUAUCCCCCCACAGUCUAGCCUGAUUCUCCCAAACACGUAUGUAACUUUGGGGAAUGACAGUGUCAAAGUGGUAACACAAAACAUGAGCUGGGCUGAUGCUAAAGCUAACUGUGAUAAAGACCAAGCAAAGCUGGCCAGCCUGCGCAACGAGUGGACCCAAUCCUAUGUGGAGCUGAUGGCCAGGACCCUCAACAGCCCUUUGUGGAUCGGACUCAACAAAGACGAGACAAAAGGUUAUUACCGCUAUAUUGAUGGCUGGAGCAUGAACUUUGCAACCUGGGCGAGUGGUGAGCCUCGUCAGGACAGGUCCUGUGUUUACAUGGACGUAGACGGGAAGUGGAAGACAGCCUUCUGUAAUGCAACCAUGAACAGUGUGUGUCUGCAGUCCACAGACGUGGCCCCGACCCUUUCCGCGGACUACCCGGGGGCGUGUCCUGAGGAGACAGAGGUGGACUAUCGGCAAGCAUACACCUGGAUCCCUUACAAAGCCCGCUGUUACCUGUUUGUGACCGAGGAGGUGGAGUGGGGGGAUGCUGCCAGCAGCUGUGCCAGACAUGGUGGGACGUUGGCAAGUAUCGAAGAUCCAGCAGAGCAGGAAUUUAUUGAAACAAGUUUGAAAAUAUUUAAGGACGCACACAGUUCCUUCUGGGUCGGCCUCUUCAAAAGUCACAAAGGGACGUGGCAGUGGCUGGAUAAGACAGUGAUGGACUACACAAACUGGUAUGAAGAGGAGCCUCGUGCUGACUAUGGGGAGGUGCGGACAGCUGAUGGAAAAUGGAGCACAGGAAGAAGAUGGCAUGACCGCGCGUACAUCUGUGAGACAGCUAAAGUGAUACCCAAAGAAAGUGGAAAAGCGGAACCACUGGGCCCACAGGAGCGGCUUAGUCGGACCCAUAACUCCCUGGCUGUCGUCUUGGUGAUCCUGGUCAUCUCUGCUUUAGUCGCAGCCGCCAUUUUCUAUUACAAGAGAUCACCGAACUCCUUCCCUACAUUUGAAAACCCACUGUACGAACGCUCUCAGCCUGACGUGGUAGACACCAAAAACCUCAUAGAGAAAGUGGAGACUGAAGAAGAAAUUGAAAACACUGCAGAAAAUACCGCAGAGCCCAUUAUAAGUCUGUGAUAAAACUAAAACAAAAUCUGUCAAAUUUCACAGUGGUAUUAUUAGUAGAUUCUCAUGGUAAUUAGUAGUUUGUUAUGUACCGUGACAUGGACUAAUAGUUAAAUGUGAGUUUAAUGAACUAAUUUAUGAAGAGAUUUAUGUUAGGGUUACAAUGAAUUAAAUAUGCUAGCUUAACUUAAUGACAAAUAUAAAACAAAUAGACUAUUAUUUGUCCCCACAAAAUUGCAUUUGUAUUAGAUAAAUAAAACAAUUGGACACAUUUUUGAUCUAUUGCACAACCCUGUAGAAACAUUUUUUUCUGUAAUCUCUGAUGUAAAUACAUUUCUAUAUAAUGCUGCAGUGCCUAUACUUGAACUAUGCUGUGCUAGUGUGUCAUGUUUGAAACAUAUUAAAAAGGUAUUUUUUAAUUAAAA